AUGCACAAAUUGGCAGUAGAAGUCAAUUUGUCUAAAAAAAGUUUGCUAGCAAGAAGAAUUCAGGAUUGGAUAAUGGCAAAAUGGGAUUCCACUUUCAGACCAGAUGUUGAAUUUGUACAUCUUGGUUCAUCUUUUGCUGAAUUCAUUCAUUGGAUUUCUGGUAAUUCCAUAGGUUAUACUCCCUCGAGAAUAGGUGACUUUCAGUGUGAUACCGAUCUUAUUGAGCCAUAUUAUUUUUCUAAAAAUUACCAAUAUUUAGAAUCAUUUUUAUGUUUGAAGGACAACCAAGAAAUUCGUACAGAAGCACCUAUUGAAGUCAACAGUAUCAUUGCUAAUGAAAAGAUGGACUUGAUUAUCAGAAAAAUAAAUGCAACAUUUAAAGUCUUUGAUAAUAACCAAGUCAGCAGUGCAAGUUUACUCAAAUGGGUCGUGUUAUUGCUGCAUUUAGUGGUACAAGUAAAACCGUUAAUGUACUUUGCCCAUGAAGUAAAUGCAUUGGAGUAUCAAAUUUCUGCGGGUUUGGAUUCAUUCAAUGAUUCAACUUUGGAUUAUGAUGAAAUUAUUACCACUAUGCAAAUAUGCAAUCAGUUUUUACCAAACGAUAAGGAGAUAAGGCGUCUAUUUAUACGCAGAUUCUCACUGGAUAAGCUUAUUAAUACUUUGAAAUUUGAUUACCUGGAGACUACUACACGAAACAUCGCCAAGAGACCAUAUGCUGAGGAUGGGUUUGGAAGAGAGUUUGCUGACGUGAGAGAAAGUUCUACUCCACCAAGUGGAUCCACAACUGUGGGUGUUACAUACACAAAGAUUCAGUACAAGCUGGCUCCUUCCGUUGAUGCAUUAAAAUUCAUCCAAUUAAACAGUGAGAUCCAAGGCAAAAAUGCGUCAGAUAUGUUGACCUCUAUGGUCAGUUAUGUUGAACUGUUGACCCCAGAGAAAUUUCUACCAGCAGUUUUAUUUAUCAUUGAAGAAGUUCUUGUGAAUCAUGAGAGUAUUGGGUUUGAAGAUAUACCACUUCUCAAGUUGUUAAGGAUAAUCAAUGACAAGUUGUUAACUACUCAAAUUUAUGAUAGAAAUGAAAUCACGUUGAUUGUUGUGGCAAAAUUUUUAUCGGUAUUAGCUCCUGUUUGGAUGUAUUCUUCUGAUUCUUCUAUGUCAACUGACUUUUAUGACUUGGCAACUUGGUUGUACGAAUCGGGAAUUAAGGACUAUAUUACUAGAGAAAUUCCAAUUGUGGAAUUUUGCAAAUUUUUGAUGCAAUUGUUGAUUCAUAGAGAAGAAAGGACCUUUUCAGCAAGUGAUGUUCGUGCUGAAUUGUUUCGUAAAUUUUCGAGAUCUACAAAUAGUAUGAAGAAUAAUUUAUCAUCCAUGUUUGUUCAACUUGCUCAUUCUAUGUCCACAGCAGAUCAGGGACAUUUAUACAAGAAUAUUUUUGAAGGUUUUACUAGCCCAAGUCAAUCUGUUGAAAAAGGUGGUACAUUUGCCAAAUUUUUGACAACUUUAUCCGAAGGAUCAUCCCAUAUUUUAAGGUUGGCAUUGUUUAACUUACUUGAAUGCUCAAAGUUCCCAUUUUUUAUUUCCUAUUUGGAAAAAUGUUUGAAAGAUCUUUGCAAAAUUAUGAAUCUCCCAUCUUCAAGAAAUCUUUUCAAGGCAUUCCAAUAUGAAAUUAUUCGUACAUGGAAGAAAUUUGGAUCAAUUGAAUCGUUCCCGUAUAUGUUAUUUUUGUACAGUGACUUGAAUUCGUUCUAUCGUGACAAUUAUCGUGCUUUGGUUGCCAUUACUUUAUCCACAAAGACGGAUGAUAUCGAAUCCAAUCAUAACUUCAUAAAUCAGUUAGCUGUUUUACGACGUAGUGAUGUUUCAACGUUGGUUUCCGAAAGUAUAUCAUUAAUAAUCCCGUUGUCUUUCACCGCAGAUGGGGUGAGGAAUUCCAUUUUUGAGGUCCUUGGAACCUACUUAGAGGAUUCAAUGAAGUCAGAGAUGACUGAUAAAUUAUCUUUGAUUAUCCUAGAGCUUAUAAAGUUUAUUGAUAUGUCCAAUGAAUCCACAUUGCUUGGUAAUUUCAAGGACAAUGAGGUAGCCAUGGCUUUGAUAGACACAGCUAACACAAAGAAUGUGGCCCAUUUCGGAAAUAUAGUGAUAUCCUUUGAUUCAGCUUCACAGUUGUUAAAUAGAUUGGUCCAAAAAUUUGCUCGAGAGAAUGAUUAUUGGUCACCAAAGCAGAUAUAUUUUUUGAUUAGAAGAAUAUCUAUUUCUUUGAAAUCAGUAACCACGUUGGAUCAAAAAUUGCUUCACUUAAGAAGACUUAAGUUGGUGCUCGUUUUAGGAGGCACUAAAUCAAUUGAUAUUGAAGUAACCCAAUUACUAGUCACAUUGUUGUGUCCUUUAAUGAUGGAGGUGGAAUUAGUUCCAGAUAUAAUGUUAAUUCUACUGUUGUUCAAGGAUCUAUAUCAUCAUGUCUACCCUCAUGAAAGAUCAUUGUUGUUAAUUAUUCAUAUUAUUAAUUCCUUACUUUCAAGUAAGCUUAGGAAUAGAAAUGAUUGGCUACUUGAUUGUCUUGAUGAAUUCAUUAACAUGUGUAAUAGAGAUAGAGCCAUUACACAGAUAGUUCAAUCUGGUAUUGAUAUACUAAAGGGGAAAAGAGUAUCAAUCAGUUCUUCAGUGGUUGAAUUGUGCUUAGAGGAUAACGUCAGUGAUGAUAUCUUUCCAGUUUGUUUAAUUUCACAGAUUUUUGAACAUGUUGAAACAAUGGAUCAUUUAGGAGGUAAGUUACCGGUGAUAGAGAGAUUACUUUCACUCGAUGAGGAUCAAUUGCACGAAUUUUCUGAAAAAUUCAAAUUAUGGAUUGCUAACUAUUUGUCUGAUUUUUAUGUCAAAGGUGGUACCAGAGAAGAUAUCAAAGCUCUUACUAUAAAAGAAUAUAACGAUAUCCCGGUUGAUGAUUUUGAAGAUGAAGUGAAGUACUUUGACUACACGCUUGGGAAAAUUAUCAGUUAUAUAAAAAGUGACAAUUAUGAAGCAGCAGCUUGUGCAGAGUCCAUUCUUGGGGUUUUAAUCAGAAAAUAUAAUGAGAAUCGUCGUGAUGUUUCCAAAGUAUUGAAUUUUGAAACCACUUAUGAAUCAUAUUCUCAUAAUAUUCUUCCAAUAGAUUUCCAUGCAUGUAUUAUUUUGAAUGACAAAGCCGACAUCAGUUUUCUUGGUGAUCGUUUGAGUGUAAUUAUUGAGGAUUUUGAAAACCUUUUAAGGGAUGACACUGAUUUGUGGUGUACCAAACUAUACUUGUCCAUUCUACAAGAAUUAGCUACAUAUACCAAUAUAGCACCACUUUUGAGUAUUUUUAUAAUCACUGUCCCAGAGUUUGCCAAGUUUUCAUUACCAACAAUGGUUUGCAAUUACUUGGUGAUGAAAGGUAAAACUGCAGAGAACAUGAUAAUUACGUUGUUGGAUGAGUAUUUAACAAUUCCCAAGAAAAGUGAAUCCUCAGUCAAGAUAUUUUUGCAAAUUGUGAUCCUAAUCAGAGUGGGUGCUAAAUACGCAAAUAAGCAGGUUUUCACAAAUGUCUUUGAAAACAUCAAUAAGUUAGAGUUUUAUAGACUCGCGAGUGAUCUGAAGCUAUUUAAAACUGCUAUUAUGUUAUUUGAAGAUGCGGUGUCUGAUGAUCACUAUGAGAAGGUCUUAGAGGAUCAUUAUAGAACACUUCAAACAGCUUACCAAUCCAUUGAUGACGAUGACUUGAUUUUUGGGUUACCAGAGAAGACAACUAUGGAUUAUGCAAUUUCUAUGAUUAAUAGAGUGGGUAAUCCGACCGAAAGAUUGAGGUUUAGCAGUGCUAGGCUUGAUACAAGUAUGAUGUUGAAUCUGCAGCCCUCGUAUGCCGGCGUUAUUGGUUCUAUGACUAAUGCAGGAUUACUUGGGGUGUCAAGAGCAUUGAGCAAAAGUGCAAAUAUAGAUGUCAAUGAAGAUGAGCAAUACGAAUGGAGUUGGAAAUUGUCUAAAUGGGAUUUACCAGUUGCCAAGAAUGCCCAAAAGGAAAAUGAAGUCAUUUAUAAAACUUUGAAACAGCUUCAUGAUUAUCCUUUGAAUACAGAUGAAAUAUGCAAGACUUCUUUGUUGAAUAUCAUUGACCAAAAGAAUUCCAUCAACAAUUCAAGUGUCAAAGAAUUCAAGCUUGAAAGAUUAAGUUGGUUGAAGACUAUUUCUACGGUGGUUUCGAUUUCGGAGAUUGCGAAACUGACAAGUCAAGAAUUCCCGAUGAUCAUCAGUCAAUUUUCCAAGGACACACAAUGGUUUAAAGAAGUUGAGUUUGACAUGUUUGAAAACCUAUUGUUAGCAAGACAGGCAACAUUCCAACUAUUGAGUGAAAGCUCGAAACCUGGUUUGUCUCAUGAAAGUAUUUGGUUAGGUGCUUUGGGAGAUUUGGUUCGUUAUAACAAUUUAGCACGAGUAAACAAUGAAGAACAAAAAAUGGUAACGUCGACAAUGUUAAUUGAAGAGAUAGGUAAGAGAUUUACAGAAUCUCAAGCCGCAUUAAUCAAGAAUAUUUCCAACCUUUCUUGUUUUCAAACUGCUCAAACACUUUGGACGCAAGGAAAUACAAGUGUUCCUGUGUUGUUAUUGAAGGACUUGUAUAAAUUUGGAGGAGUUAGUAUUCCGGCACAGAAUUUGAAUGUGGACAAGUGUUUGAUUCGUGCAAUGAUGGUCAAUUGGAUGUCACAAUCUCGUCAAGAAAUUGCUUCUAGCAUUAUGGAGAAGUAUGUCUUACCUACCGCCGAGUUAUCUCUUGAACUGUCAGAUCUUCAACAACAAUCAGAGACAUUUGAAAUCCUUGCACGAUUUUGUGAAGAACAAUACAAAUCCAAGCCAACAAUAGAACAAAUUAGCAAGUUGCAGAAACGUGUGUUCCUUAGUACUAAUGAGAUGAAGGAAAUGCAAAGACAGUAUAAGGAUGGUAUACCUGCAGAAGACAAACAACAGGUUCGUAAAUAUUUCCACAAAUUGAAAGCUCAGAAUAUUUCUGAAACAAAGGAUCUUGAGUCAAUGAAAAGUUCACAUGAAUUAAUGGCAGUUAAAGCAGUUGAAUUUUAUUUGAAAAGUAUAUCCAUGGGUGAUUUCCAUGAAGAGAAUUUGGAUAAAUUUUUUGCCUUGUGGUUAGAACAAUCAGAGAACGAAUCAUUGCAUAGGAGCUUACAGAAAGAAUUGUUGGCGCUACCAAGCUAUAAACUUAUUUCCUGGUGUCCACAAUUGGUAUCUCGAUUGACUACAGAAAAGACUGAAUUCCAGAAUACUUUGCGAAAAUUAAUUUUCAACUUGUGUAUAGAUCAUCCUCAUCAUUCGUUGUAUCUAUUGAUUGCUUUAAGGUUGCAGAACUCAAGUACCGUUGAACAGACCGAAUUGAUCAGGUCAAAAUGUUUAGCUGCCGAAACAUUAUGGGAGACGUUGUUAAUACAGGAUAAAGAAUAUGUACACAGGACUUUAAUCCCUAUCAAUGACUUUGUUUCUAAAAGUAUUCAACUUGCAAGUACCAAAGCCAAUAGAGCAAAAACAGUUGAUUUAUCUAGGUUUUCAUGUGGUGACUAUUGGUUGAAUAAUUUGCCUCAUAUACCACCGCCUACGAAAACUAUUCAGGUGGAUCCAACAAAAAGAUAUGAUCGUGUGCCAGUGUUGUUACGUGCUGAGGGCAAAAUUUCCAUUGCUACUUCAGGUAUAAGUAUGCCAAAGAUUGUUACAUUUAUGCUUUCUAAUGGUUCUGAACAUAAAAUUCUAUUCAAACUGGGAUCUGAUGAUUAG